AUGUUUGAGGGAGGUGCUGAUUACUUGGCUGCGGAGGCCUGGAUUCGGGAGAUAGAGGAGAUGUAUGAUGCCCUACAAUUUUCCGAGGAGGUCAAGGUCAAAUUGGCGGUUCCUAUGCUCAGAGGAAAUGCUAAGUUCUGGUGGAUAGCUAUGAAGGCUGCUGUCCAAGGAAAUGGUGGACAACUGACAUGGGAGGAAUUUAAAGCUAAAUUCUACAACCAAUACUUUCCUCAGUCAGUGAGAUUGGUGAAGCAGAACGAAUUCUUGGCCCUGAAACAGACCGAGAAUAUGACAGUAUUGGAAUAUGCCAGCAAGUUUAAUGAGUUGGGCAGGUUUUGUCCUCAGUUUAUGGAGGAGGAGAUAAGUAAAGCUAAUAGGUUUGAACAAGGCCUGAGAUAUGGGAUCAGGUCAAGGUUGGCUGUUCUGCUUUUCACUAGUUACCAGGAUGUGUUGGAAAGGGCUUUGAAAUUAGAAGCUGAAUUGAACAGGGCAGAAAAGGAAAGAGAUGAGCUAAAAAGGUCCAGGGCAACCGGGGAUCAGAAUGCAAGGCCAAGAAAUACCGGAGAAAAUGCAAACAAGAAGAAGAAAUUCGGGGUCUGCAAGUUCUGUAACAAGUCACAUGGAGGACCUUGCUUUAAGAAGAUGGGAGCUUGUUUUAACUGUGGUCAGGUUGGGCAUAUUGCACGUGAUUGUCAGCAGAAGAAGAAUGACCUCAGGCCUACUGGAUCAGGGGAUCAGAAGCAGAAGGGGACUGCUCGGGUUUUUGCACUGACUCAGCAGGAUGUUAGUGCAAGUGACAGUGUGGUGACAGGUACCAUUUCCAUCAACUCAGUUGAUGCAUCUAUAUUGUUUGAUUCUGGCUCUACACAUUCUUUUGUAUCUAACAAAUUCUCUAGCUCCUUACAUUGCCUAUCUGAGAAAUUAGUGGAGCCAUUAUAUGUUGCUACACCCCUACAAAAAAUAGUAAUUGCUGACAUUAUCUUCAAGAAUUGCAUAAUUCAAUUAGGAGAAAAGGAGUUAGUGACAGACUUAAUACAGCUAGACAUGCAAGAUUUUGACAUCAUCUUGGGAAUGGAUUGA